AUGUCAAUUUUUAUAUAUAUUUCGCCUUUUGCUCGUAAAGCUGUAAGAAUAUUUAGUGUAGGAAUCAGAGCUUUCUGUACUAUACACAUUACAAAUGAAUACAUAAUAGAAAUCACUCAGUGUCUAGGACCCUCAAUGCUUCCAACUCUAAAUAUGGUUGGAGAUUUUAUUGCAUUGGAACGCAUAACUCAUCGAUUAAAACUUCUUGAAAUCGGGGAUGUGGUUGUUUGUGUUACUCCUACGGAUCCUUGGAGAUCAGUUUGUAAACGCAUUUUAGGAAUGCCAGGGGACCGAGUGUGCAUUGAUCCAACAGCAGCCAAUCGUAGAUAUAUUACUGUACCUUCUGGCCAUAUUUGGAUACAAGGUGAUAAUAUGAGUAAUUCCACCGACUCUAGAAACUAUGGCCCUGUACCUUAUGCUUUAAUCAAGGGAAGAGUAUUUGCAAGAGUUUGGCCGAACCCUUGUUGGGUGAAGAACGGGCUUGUUUCGCUCGAUGUUUUUAAAUAA